GCGCGCUCUGGUCGCGUCUGUGCGAAUUGUUUUUUUUUUAUGUGUAAUAUUGUGGGCAGUGUACGAAAUGUCAGCCGUGCUAAAAAAUGUCACUAACUGUAUAUGGCAUGCCUUCGAAUCAUUACAAAAUAAUGAAGUUGUUCAUAAAUCAAAGUUAAAGGUCCUAACAGCAAACAUCGGCACGCUUCUAGACUUAUACGGAGUGGAGAAAGGUCUAGACCACUUCAGGUCAUCACAAGAGCUGACCUUCGACGAGUUCCGCUACUACCUCCAGCAUGAGGUGUUCAGCUCACUGCCGAAGACUGUCACCUUGCCUGUUGCUCGGGAAUUUGAGAAGAAAAUUAGUGAGGUAUGCUGGUUCGUGUGCCGAAAGAAUCUUCUAACCCGCGACAAGCCGAUCUUCAACGAUGACUCCGUGUUCAAACUCUUCAGGAUAUUCUGCCUCCUCGCGGAUCUGGUGCAAGACGCUGAUGAUACGAACCGUUAUGUUGUAGUUCUGCAACCAUCAGAAGCAGGUCUAGUUGCUGAACAACUUGUCCACUGUCUUGGGUUACGAUGGGACGCAGCCGACUGGGAAGCAUUAGGCUCUUCUAUAGGCCAUUUCAAGUGGGCAGCUUUCUUGGCAGUUCUCGAAGCGAAGUAUUGCUGUGACCAGCAGUUACAUUCUGAAGCUCUGGUCGAAGCGGUCGCUGAAAUAUAUGACGUGUUUAUAGAAGAUAUUAUUAAAAAGGGCUAUCUCUUCAAACGCGGUUACCUUCUUCCAACAAUGCGAGAGUACUGGUGUGUCCUGCAGCCCUGUGCUCUAACAUAUUACAAAAGUUCUUCACAAAAGGACCAAUGUGGCAGAAUUAAUAUUGACGAGUACUGCUCUGUUGAAGCCGCAGUGGGAGAUGGCAAGAUACAGAAGUUUCAGUUGAUCACUCCGGAACGAACUUUCGAGUUUGGAACACAGGAUCAUAAGAGCCGUCUCCAAUGGGUAUCCGCGCUGCGGCAAGCGGCCGCAGUGUCCGGGGGCGCGGAGGGGUACCAGCGGCGGGCGCGCGCGGGGCGGCGGGGCGCGGGGGCGCGGCGCGAGCAGGAGGUGCGCGACACCAGGGCGCGCCUGCAGCACGAGGUGCGCGCGAGACUCGCGGCGGAGGCGCAGGCACAGGAAUUAGCGGAAUUAGCACAACAAGACAAUAAAAAGUUAGAAGAACUGAAGCACGCACAGACUGAACUUGAAAGGCUAUUGCAAGAAGAAACUCAAGCUAAAAGAGACGAAGAAAUUGUAAGGGCAUUGCAAGCCAGAGUGCUAGCAGAAGAAUGGGAACGGAGAGAAGAAUUAGAAAGGCUUCAAGAGGAACAAAACAGAAUGUUAGAAGAAGAAAGACUUAAAAGAAAGCAGUUUGAGUUAUUGCAAGCUGAAAAAGAAGCACAAUAUAGAGAAGCGGAACGUCGUCUCAAAGAGCUGGAACAAGAGAAACAGAAGUUGGACUCCGAGCUGCGGGCGGCUCAGGAGAAGAUACAGAAGACUGAACACAAUGCUAAUGCUCUCCAUGUUCAAUUACGAGAUCUGACUCCAGUACUCCGCAACGGGGAACGAGCCCGCAGAGCCAUAUCAUUCGUUCCGACCACUAAGAGUUCUUCAGAUACCCUCAUUGAUGUUAGAGCUAUUAGGCACCUUAAAGUUCUAGAUGAUAAUGAAAAUUUGUAAAUCUUUUUCGUCAGUUAUAAUGCUAUUUUGUAGAAAAAUAUUUAUAGGCAGAAUUUUGUAAGCCAACUAGCUUUAAAAAUAGAUCGCUGCAAAAAUAAUCAUUACGAUUUCUACAAGUUAAUUGGUGUUGUAAGGAUAUGAAUGAAUUGUGAUUUAAUUGGUUUAAAAAUAAAGUUGAGUUAUUGUUUUGAAA